AUGGCGCAUGACGGGUACUCUGAUAGUUGGCCACCAUCAAGCUCAUGUAACCGAAAACUUACUAUACGAACAUAUGGAAAACACUUAUGGCUGCAUUCAACAACAUCUGACUUUGAAUUCGUCAUACUUGAUGAGGUACACUGUAUUGGUGAUGAAAAUGUGGCUAUAGUCGAUGCUUAUUGCACUAGACAUGUGAAACCAAAUAAAUUGAUAAAGAUGACAGCCACUCCUGUUAAUAAGAAAGGUGCACACAUCCUUGGAGGAGACGAUGCCAUAUCUGCUCUGAGAUACCCAGUUGCCCAAGAGGAUGUCCUUAGGAAAAUAAGAUAA